CGUGUGUCUUUAUCUGAUUUUCGGGGCAUUGCAGCCUGUGGUGGCUUUUCUUACGGUGACGUACUCGGCGCCGGAGAAGGUUGGGCAAAGUCGAUACUUUACAAUACGCGUGCCUACGAUGAGUUUUCCGCAUUUUUCAGUCGCGAUGACAGCUUUGGCCUUGGCAUUUGCAACGGCUGCCAGAUGAUGUCAAACCUGUAUGAAUUAAUCCCUGGCACUUCGGACUGGCCACGAUUUGUUCGUAAUCGUUCAGAGCAAUUCGAAGCUCGCGUUGCGAUGGUUGAAAUACUCGAAUCUAAUUCGCUAUUUCUAAAUGAAAUGGCAGGUUCAAUGAUGCCUGUUGUUGUUUCGCAUGGUGAAGGCCUUGUUGAAGCAAGAAAUGCCAGCAGCCAACAAUUACUGGAAAGUCAGAAUGCUUGUUUACGCUAUGUCGAUGCCAGUGGCGAGGCGAGUGAAUAUUACCCGCUUAACCCCAAUGGUUCGGCACUCGGCCUGAAUGGCUUCACCAACGACGAUGGCCGUUUCACGAUCAUGAUGCCGCACCCGGAACGUAUCUUUCGUAGUGUGCAAAACUCCUGGCGAUCUCCCGACUGGGGUGAGUAUGGCCCGUGGAUGCGAAUUUUU